AUGGCAGGUCUCACUUUGCUAUGUGUGGCGGAUUCAGCCAAGCUCGGUCGUAUCAGUAAAGGUGCUCGCGUGGCACGUGACCGGGGCUCGCAACGCGUCGGAGUGCGCUCGCCCCAAGUUCAACUCGAACCGAACGCCUCGCCAGCUGAGGCUGAACCAGGCUCCUUGUGUAUAUUUCACGACCUCACGACCUCACGACCGGCCAUGUCCACGUCCACGACCGCCACGCAGAUCCUCUUCAACUCCCCCGCGCUGCACGCCCUGCGCCGCGACCAGCUGCUCAGCCUCUGCCGCCGCCACGGCCUGCGCGCGCAGGGCCGCAACGACGAGCUCAUACAGCGGCUGAAGCGCCAUGCGCAGGCGCUGUACGCCGAGCCCGCGGGGGACCACGACGCACGGAACGAACACGAUGAAGACGACGAUGAGGACGAAGAUGAAGAUAUGAAUGUGAAUGCGAAGACGAACAUGAACCCGCGGCAGAGCGAGCAGUGGGAGAUGAUGGACACGAUCGAGGAGAUGGAAGAAGGCGCGUCUCGCCAGGGAUCGCUGAACUCGCUCAAGAGCGCGCGGGGAGGCGCCGCUGGCGAGUUUGGCACUGGCAGCUCAAAGUCAUCGAGCGUGAGCUCCUCCAUCCGCGCGCUCGCGAGCUCCUUCGGGCUGAAACGCGCCUCGUCCAAGAAACGCGCGCUCUCCACGUCCAGCUCGCCCAAAUUCCCCGCGCCAGCGAGCCCAAGCGCGUCCCUGCCCGCGCUCGUCCCCGUCCCCGAGCCCACCAAGUCAUCCGCGCCCUCGCCCGUCCAGCCCCUGCAACCCCAACCCCUGCACGCCACCCACCAGCAGUUCUCCUACUCCACCCCGCCGCCCAGCCCGCCCACCGCGCACACCGAAUUAGGGGGUGAGGGCGAGGACGCAGACAAGUCGCUCAGCGCGCCCGUCCCGGGGCACGAGCACCGCCCGGGGCGCCCCGCGCCCUUCGACGCCGCGCGCCUGAGCAUGGGCGCCGGCGCGGACGCGACGACCAUCCGGCUCAUCACCACCGCGUACACGCGCGCCGCGCCGUCCCCGCCCAAGCUCGCGCCGCUCGCGACCGCGUUCGACCUCCUCCCCGCGAGCCCCGGCGUCGCGCGCUGGCCCGCGUCGCCCGAGAAGCCGGGCGGGGGGAUCUAUCCUGCACUGCCGUUUGCGGCCCUGGGCGCGCCGCGGUUUGAUAUGCCUGGGGAGGAAGAUGUGGAGAUGGAUAUGAGUGUGGACAUGCCCGGCGGGUUCGGUGGCACCCCGGCGUGCCACAGUUCCCAGGGUCUGUCAGCCACACCCUCGAUUACGACCACCACCAACACGACUACAACACAUCAACCAAAUUUCACUACGAUGCCUGCCCCCGCGGACGUGCGCUCGCCGCGCCCGUCCGAGCCGUUCAUCUUCGGCUCGCCCUCGCCGAAGCACCGCGUCAGCAACGCGCAGUUCCAGGCGGCCGCCGCGUCGGUGCUCGAGGAGAUGAACCGCCGCCUGGGGCUCGCGGGGGAGCACGCGGUCGGGCUCGAGAUCCUCGAGCACCGGCGCGGGGGCGCAGCAGAUCGCACCGCGCCGGAGGAGCAGGGGAGCCCCGGCAAGUUUAAGAUCAAGGAGAAGUUCGACGAGGUGCAUCAGAGGGAGUUCGAGAAGAUGCCCUCGAUUGCGAGUUAUGCGGCGCGCCACGCGGGAAGGAAGAGGAAGAGCGCGGCGAUGGAGGAGCGCCGGCCUGCCCCUGCGCCUGCGAGCAAGGCGCGGGUGAUCAGCGUGGGGAACCGGAAGAAGGUGCAGGCGGAGGCUGCGAGCAGCGAGGAUGAGGGUGAGAGAAGGUCGUCCAAGAGGCCGAGGAUGGCUGAGGAGGUGAAGGAGGUAGCCGGAAAUACCUCUGCUGCUGCGCAGAAGGAGGAGAAGGAGGCGCAGAAGGACAAGGAGAAGGAGCGCGAGGCCAUUAAGCGGAGGCUUGCGAUCAACAAGGCGAAGAGGAGGAGUAGCCGGGGCAGGCCGAGUAUUGGCGUCGCGAAACCGCCUGUCAAGCCCGCACCGAAAGCGAGCACGUCUCGUUUCGGGUUCUUCUCCUCCGCCAAGUCCAUUGUCAAAAACGUUUGGAACAAGGGAGCUGGUAUCGCCUCAGGCUCGAAGAACGCUACCAGCCUGCCUGCGAAACCCGCGGCGGCGCCCAGUGCCACUACUUCCUCCAAGACCGCGAUUCCUCGGCCUGCUUCGGUCGCAUCCAAGGCGGCGCCCCCUUCAGUGUCAUCGAAUGCAGGCUCCGCGAGUCGUUUCUCGUCCGCCAAGUCAGAUCGUACGUCCAGCACCCUGUCAUCUAACGCGGGCGGCUCCUCCAAGCCCGCUUCCGCCCGUCCGAGACCGCCCAUCCCCACGUUCUCUGUUGCCCCUGUAAAUAGCAAUAGCGCGUCUCGCCCGAGGGCCGGGAGCACGGCGUCCGCCGCUACGAACGCAGGCCCGUAUAAGCGUCCAUCGACGCUUCCUACGGCCCCCGACAAGGGCCACAAGCGGACGAACUCAGGCUCGAGCGUGUCGUCCAUGGGCACGCGGACGAACGCGACAGGCAAGGCGCCCGCGAGCACGGGCGCGAAGCGCUCGUCGACGCUCCUCGCGCCUACCGCGAGUUCGCUCGCGAAGCAGAAUAGCGCGCGCCACUCUGCGGCGUCGUCUCUGUCGAGUAUCCCCGCGCGGAAGCCGUCCGGUCCCCUGGAGCAGAGUGCGAAGGCUAACCAAGGCGCACUGGCUAAUAGGGGCAAGGUCGCCAAACCUAGUCCGACAAAGCUGCUCCUCUCGCCGAAGAAUACGAAGAUCUUCAGCAAGCCUCUCGCGCCCGUGGACGGGUCGCUCCUUCCCACUCCUGUGAGGGAUCCCUCUGGCAAUCUUGCUGGGUCUUCGUCGUCCACUGUCGCCGCUUCGAAUAAGGGCACUGGGUUCAUCCCCCGCAAGCCCCGCCUGUCUCGGUCUCGCGUCAUAACUAAGCUUGGCUCUCAGCGGCCAGUCGUCAAUCCCACACGCAAGCGGUCCAGCAUCGGUGUCGCUGCGUCCAGGCGCUCGCUGGGCGGGGUCAAGGCGGGGAAGGGCAUCAUGUUGAGUGCGAAGAAGAAGGCGAGGCAGAGCGAGUUCGCUAUGAGGAAGAGCAAGGUCUCGAACGUAAACGCUCACGCAGCAGGCGCCGAUGCGGCGCGAAUUCCCGGAUCUAUGGAUGUGGAAGCCUAGGUUCGUAUGUCAAUUGUAUAUUCCAUGGACAGUAUGUUUUCCCCCUUUUGCUGUGUCUUGAUUUGAUCUCUAUGCACGUCGUCCGUCAUAUGAAUUGCUAUCCCAGUCCAGUCGUUUUGCACCGUUGAUUUUAGCUGUGUAAAUACUACACUGUAAAUAUCUGCUGUGUAACAUGACUACAACGUGCAGGGCACGAACCUCUCCAAUAUAUGCGUAUUCCCGGUGAUUCAAU